AUGUCGAUUUCUGCCGAGGCUCAACCUGAGGUUUUCUCGACUGAGCUAGUCGGAGCUGUCGGGGAUAUCCCUUUCGGCACCAGGAGUUUGAAGCUACCAGACUACUACGCUGUCCUAGAUGUGCCUCGUGCGGCCUCCCAGAGUAAAAUAUGCAAUGGCUAUCGCUUCGCUGCUCUCAAGUGGCACCCAGACAAAUAUCCUGAAAGCUCACGCGUUCAUGCCGCAUCCCAAUUCCAGCUAGCGGCGGAGGCCUAUUCGGUCCUGAAUGAUUCUCAAAGUCGACUUGUCUAUGAUCGCUACGGCCAUGAAGGUCUCCUCUAUGGCGUUGCGGGGACCGUCUUGGAAGGUUCUCCAGUGAAGGUCGACGCUAUGGAGGUCUAUGAGGCCUUCUUCGGUUCGUACUCGCCUUUCGCUGACCUCAUACGUGAGAAGCAGGAGAGCAUCAAAAUAGCAGCCGAGUCCCAAGGCCCUGCUGCUAACCGUGUGCUAGACAUUACCCUACGGGAGGCUGUGGCAGGGGUCACCAAAACGAUAGAACUAGAUCAAGGCCGUGAGCUUAAAGUUACUAUCCCGCCUGGCACCGUCAAUGGUUCGGUCAUGCGCUAUGAGGGCAUGGGACUUGAAGAGCCAGGGGCUUCCAGACCGGGGCCACUGUUGGUCACUGUGAGGUUUGGUCCUCAAGACGGGUUCACCUUGUGUUCUGAGGGCUCUGGUGACCUCCAUUAUGAUGAGGAUGUCUGUGUUUGGGACUGCCUUCUCGGUGUGAAUGUGGAGAUCCCUGACCUGGUAUCGGGGGCAAUCCUGAGGCUUCCGAUAGAUGAAGUAGUGACGGCAACUACCACUAGAAGAUUCUUAGGCAAAGGCGCACCUCGACAGGGUGGCGGUGUUGGCGAUUUGGUCAUUCAUUUCAACAUUAAAUUCCCUGAAGUGAUAAAUGACAGACAGAGAGAACUUAUUAUGCAAUUGAAGUCUUUGGACUGA